AUGUCCUGUACUCCUGUCCUACUCAUACUCCUGGCCUACUGCACAGGUUAUAGCACCCAGCCCGUGCUGCAUCAGCCGUCAUCUGCCGCCUCAUCCCUCGGAACUUCAGUCCGCCUAACCUGCACCUUGAGCAGUGACCAUAAUAUUGGUUUUUAUAGCAUCUUCUGGUACCAGCAGAAGCCAGGCCAGCCUCCAAGGUUCCUGCUGAGAUACUUCUCAUACUCAGACAAGCACCAGGGCCCUAAGGUCCCCCCUCGCUUCUCUGGAUCCAAAGAUUUGUUCAGCAACCAGGGAUAUUUGAGCAUCUCUGAGCUGCAGCCUGAAGAUGAGGCUGUAUAUUACUGCAAGAGCUUCCAGUCUCAAUCACCAUUGUUUAUCUUUGGCAGUGGAACCCUGCUCACUGUCCUAGGUCAACCCAAGGCUGCCCCAUCAGUCACCCUAUUUCCACCCUCCUCUGAAGAGCUCAAGGCCAACAAAGCCACACUGGUGUGUCUGAUAAGUGACUUCUACCCAGCCACCAUAAUUGUGGCCUGGAAAGCAAAUGGCACCCUCAUUACCCAGGGUGUGGAGACUACUGUGCCCUCCAAACAGAGCAACAACAAGUACAAGGCCAGCAGCUACCUGACCCUGGGACCCAACCAGUGGAGAUCUCACAAAAGAUACAGCUGCCAGGUCACACAUGAAGGGAGCAUUGUGGAGAAGAGUGUCUCUGCUGUGGAAUGUUCUUAG